AUGGCUGCCGAGCUCGAGCUCGAGCGGCUGGACGGCCUCGAGAUUGCAAAGGAGCUGGACGUGGAGGGGCAUGGGAUCCCAGCGACAGUGACCAACACUACCUACAUGGGCAUGAAUGCCCUCCACGCCGCCGGUGGACUCGGCAGGCCGCCAGUCUACCGGUACCUCGUCGAGGAGGUCAAGAUGGACAUCCACAAGCCUGACACCCUUGUUGAUUUUACGCCCGUGGAGCAUGCUGUCAAACAUGGCCACCUCCCUGCCAUCAAGUACCUUCUUGACCAUGGUGCUGAUCUGCAUCUGCAACGCGGAGAUAGCACUCUUCUUCAUUCAGCUGCAUCUCGUGGGCAAUCUGAAAUAGUAAAGUUUCUCCUUUCUAAAGGAGCUGAUGUUGAUGCAAUGUCAGAUCUUGGGACACCACUCCUUCUUGCUGCUCUUAAAGGACAUCCUAGUACUCUCAAGAUCCUUUUGCAGCACGGUGCAGAUCCCAACAAGGUUGCUGGUCUGUUUGGAAUUAUAGACGUGGCAUUACACAAAUCUUAUGUGUCCUGUGUGAAGCUAUUGAUUCAGGGUGGAGCUAAUGUGAGCGGUAUUAAUCAUUUGGCAAAGGCUGCAGAGAAGGGCUUAACUGAAGCUAUUAAGUGCUUGUUGGAAGCUGGUGCAAACCCAAAUGUUGUUGACAGGUUUGGUAGAUUGCCAAUAGAGUUGGCUGUUGAGUAUGGUACACGGGAAGAUGUCGAGAUUCUCUUUCCUUUCACCUCUCCCAUUUCAACUGUGGCCCAUUGGAGCGUUGAUGGAAUCAUUAGUCAUGUGCAGAUGGAAAUCAAGCAACUUGAGGAUGAUAAUUUUGUGGAGAAGAGGAUCUCUGACCUAAAGCAACAAGCAGCUGAAGCAUUUAAGAAGCAGGAUUACCUAAAUGCAUCAGUGUUCUACACACAGGCACUGAAGAUGGAUAACUUUGACGCAAAGUUGUUAUCAAACAGGAGCCUCUGCUGGCUUCGAAUGGGUGAUGGAGAAAGGUCUUAUGAUGAUGCAACUGAAUGCAAAAAGCUGCAGCCAAUGUGGGCAAAGGCGUACUAUCGGCAAGGAGCAGCUCAAAUUUUAAUGGAGGAUUAUGAUGAUGCUUAUCACUCACUCUUGCGUGCUUUGGAGUUGGACCCGGGAAGUCAAGAGAUUGCGAAAUUACUCUUGGAGACUAUUGAGGUGGAACUGGUAUGAUCAACCCCGCAUGCAUCUGCGGAGAGAAGCUCCUUUUUUUGUGGGUGUGUGUUCUCGGAUUAAAACCCUGAACUUCAAAUUAUGGCGCCUUUCUGUACGUGAUCUGUGGAUUGUAGCAGCAGCUUAGAGCAGAACAUCUUACUGGCUACCUAUUUUGAGUUCUCUGAAACUCGCAUCCUGUUAGUAUGGAAGUGUGACAGUGGAU